AUGUUCCAGUUCGAGAGGACUAUCGUUUUGCAAACAGCUGUAACACGAGCACCGCACAAGUUGUUACUACCUCAGAGGUCAUCAACUCUGAGUUGUCCUGGUCAUCAAUUUCCCCAGGGCGCUCCUUGCAAGGGGCUGUACUUCUCAGUGCAGUGUCUGUUCGCUUCUCCGUUGAUAGUUGAAGAAGAGUUGCAUCCGGUCCCCCUCCUUCACAGAAUACAGUAG